GUCCGCCUUCGCUCGCAGGAACGACGGAGAGUGAAAGUGAAAUGAAGAUAAACGGCGUUAGAAAUUAAAUCAUCGUUCUUUGUUCUGUAACUUCAUCAUAUCUUUGAAAGAUUAUUGGUGAUCGCUAUCAUCAAAAUGCAACAACAACCUCCUCUUGAUUACUCUUUGCGUCCUAAGCAUGGACAAGGAUUCGCCUUACCAAAAGCAUUAAGAAAGUUAUUUCGUGAGCCAGGCCCACCGCGUACUUCUGAUAUGCGAAGUAGAAAUGUCUCUUUUGAAAUUCCAAGUCCAAAUAUUUCCUCGCCCUUGCAUCCUGCUCAACAAUUUCAAGCAAAUUUCACGCCACCCUACGGUCAAAGUCACUUGCAAGCACCUUAUUACGGCUCAGCCGGUGAUGUGACUGGAUUUCCACCUUCCACUGAUACUUUUGAUGCUUCUUUUCCACCACAACUUCCAUUUCAAGAAGCCUUUCCAGCAAGAGUCUCUUUUGAUCAUCGUCCAUACAUCCCUCCUGUUGACGAAGAACCAUCACCGGGCUGGGCCAAAAAAGUGCUUCAACCUUUCUCGCGCGUCAGAAAGCUGAAAGAGUCAAUUUCAGUGCCAAAAGAUGACAAAGGACCAAGCUAUCCGAUUUUCACUCACCGUGACUUAGAGCGAAACAAUAUUCCACAAGCAAAUGUAGCAAGAAAGCAUUCUUUGCAAAAACGCAAACCUGUCCCGGCACUGAGUGGAAGUUCUUUGGAUUCGCAACUGAAUCGUACGAUUGGUAGAAAAGGCUAUCCGUCCAACUUUGAAAUGCCAAGAGAUCCUUUCAUACGAUACUCUGUCGGCGAGGUAGUGCCGUGCAGUCGACCUGAAGCGAAGUUUUCGAACCAGUUCACCUCCUCUGACUAUCAAGUCGGCACUUCUGCUAUGCCACGUCAAUCAGCUUUAGGCUUGGAUUUAGGCGAUUAUAACUUGAUGAAUGCUGCUUCAUUUCCUUCCCCGCGCUUUACGAAUGGCCAGUACAUGUACAAGACUGAGGAGAAGCCUAUCACAUCGGAAUGGUCAUCCGACACAGUCAGUCGAGCAGCGAGACAUGCAUUGCCACUAGACGUGGCGCCUCAAGCAGCAAAUCAACCUCAAUUCAUUGACCAAAAGGAUGAGGAUAUGUCGAUGGUUGAAUCUGCCCCUACUGGAGAAAAUGUCAAACUGGCAAAAGAAUAUGCCAAUAGAAAGUUCGAUGAAUGGGUCUCGCGCACGCCAAAUGUUUCUGCUUUUCCUAGCUUGCACAACUCUUUGAACACGAAAGGUGUACAGAAGCACGCACAAACUGAACGAGUGUCCUCGAAUGAGCCAUUGCAGACUGCCAAAAAAACAAAUCCACUUAGCAUACCCGGCAAAAGUGGUCAAAUGGAAGAUGAUCAAAGGGAGAACGAAAGUCGUCGAAUAUCGAGCAAGACACCCGUGGAUCUUUUUGACCUCGAUACUCGUUUGUCCGAUCUGGUUGUUCGUUCUCGAAGAAACAGUGCUUUGAAACGCACGUCACAUCAAAAACGUACCGCUGAAAGAAAGUCAAAUGGAAAUCUAUCCCGCAAUCUGGCAGCAAAGAUGAUGAGUGACACGCCAACCAAACCCGGCAUUCGCUCUAGUGGCACAAUGUGGCCCGAAGAUCAGCCUACAAACGAUGAAGAGGGUGAAAAGCCUGGACAAGUGACACCGAAGCAGGACGAAAUGAAGAAAGAAAAUAUCACUGUUCCCUCGAAUGUCGUGAAGUACAAUCUGGAGGAACAAAUUUGCGCGCCAUUGGAACAAGAGGAAGUGUCCACCCCCACUAAACGCAAAGAUCCAGUCACGCAGACAACUACAGCUCAUGAAAAGUUGCAACCACGACAUUGGCGUUCAACGGAAGUACUUUACCAAGACACCCGUGUGGGAAAUGAUCCAGACGUCGUAAAAGUUCCAAUUUUGCAUGAACAUGAAGAAGAGGAUUCAGACAGUGCGAUUGGUGUUGUUGAGCCCAUGACGAUCAGUAGCGAAGAAUUGGAAUUAUUGAGUCGCGUUCAAACAUGGCGUUCAUGUGUUGGUAUUACACCAAUGAAGAAGCUUUAUGCUCCAAGUGCUUCUGCGACAGAACCUAGCACGAUGACUGGCAUGAAUCAAGUGAACACUGGUGCAGAUGAACGUGCAUCAGAAUGGACGAGUAUCAGCAGACGUGUAGAAAGAGGCGUGGAGAGGGAAGCAGCGCCAAUGCAAAGAGAAACUCACUACGAUUAUCCUCAAAAAUACGAUGAAUUUAAUGAUCAUCGAGCUUCAAAGAGCUAUCAAAUGGCGGAAACAAGAACGUCAAUGCGCUAUGCCCCUGCACCUUUCAGAUCGCCAGCACAAGAGUCUGGAGAUAAUCCAGCUCAUAUAUCCUUCCAGGGACCACCUUCAGAGCUCAUCAGAUUUCUUCAAUACUCUUUCGACGUAUCGCAAGCCAAAAGAAAUCAAGAUACCCCUCAAAUCUUGCCAAAGAAGGAAGAAGAGCUUUUGAUUGAUCUCAAACCUCCAGAAAUGGAAAAGCGCCCCCAGAAAUUGCAAUUUGGUACUCAGCAUAUUCGUCAAAUGAGUGAAGCGGACUCUAAGCGUCUGUUUGACCUUAUCGGCGAUAAGUUGAGUAACGCUCCUCAUCCUGAAGAAAAUGCUAAGUUUGAAGAAGUUCCAACUAAAAAGCCAGAAGCGAAAACAUCAAAACCACGAUUCAAGACACCAGAAACUAUUGAUAUUGCGAAAAGUAAAACUAAAGAGGAUGAAGCCAAAGUUUGGGAAUUGCUCCACAAAUCUGAUAAAGACGGCCUCACAGCGAUGGAAAGGUUGUUGAAUGCAUAUGCCGAGGGGUUGGGCAAUUUUGCACGUGGUAAUGAUCACACCAAAUCACACCUUCCUCAUUCCGUUACAAAGCAAGAAUUGACCAAUACGGACAAGAAGCAUAGCAUGCCAAUUACGAAAAAGAAGACGAAGGAGAUAUCCAAGCCAUCAACAUCGUACAAUACAUCCAAAACAAAGGUAGACGAUGAAAAAGUAGAAAAUAUUCUUCAAAGCAUUUUUGAAUAUGUUCAAGGAGCAGGAGAUGUUUCACAAAUUCACAGCACGCUCAUUUCAAUGCAUAAAGACCUGUUGGAUCGUACAAAAGAUCCUGGACAACGUAAAUCGAUUGACGAAAGAUUAAUGAAAUUGGAACAAGCAGUAUUUGCAAAAAAGUGA